AUGUCACUGGAUUUUCAUUUAAUUAAAUUUUUGUUGAAGUAUUUUAUGAAUUUGAUCUUUGCUUAUUCAUUUUCUAUGGCUUAUAAUAUUCAUAAAUAGUAUCCUAGUCAGUUUAUCAGAUGGAAUGUUGAUUGUAAGUUAUUUAGUUUAUUAAUUUAGUUUAGUUUCUCAAUUUUAUCAGUGUUACAUUAAAUUUUUAGUAUAUUGA